UCAAAGUAAAAUAAAUUAAAAUGAUCAAAUUUUAUUGAUAGGUUAAAAUUACACUAUAAGCAAAUUAAAUUAAAAUUAAAAAAUGUAAUUAAAAUAACUUGGCAAACGUCUUGUCGUUGGAAGUGUUCAUAAUUUAUAUUUUUAAAAAUUGGAGAUUGAAAUGGUUCUCCUUCACAACUUCGCUCAAAUUGCCCGCCGUAUUUAUGUCCUCCGGCCCAAGCCAACGGUGACUUUCGAAAUACGGUUAAAAGGAGUUCAUGAAUGGCCGCUCUCAAACUCUAUCCAAAACCAAGCAUUUGCUUGCCGCCUCAAGAACCCAAUACCUAUCUCUUCUAAAGCAUUAUGCACCCGCUCGAUCCCUUACCAAGACUAAACAACUCCAUGCUCUCACCAUCACUGCAGGCGUCCUCUCCUCGCCGGGCUCCGCCCGCCUUCGCUCAAGCCUCGCUGCUGCUUAUAUGCAUUGCGGGUAUGUCCCUCACGCUCGCAAGUUGUUCGACGAAUUGCCUGAACGAAGUGCACUUUUAUACAAUAACUUGAUGAUUAUGUACGUAAAUAAUGCAUUAUAUCUUCAUGCGCUGAAAGCAUUUGUUGAAAUGCUUCAAUCGGGAUGCUGCGCGCCUGAUAACUAUACGUAUCCUAUUGUUAUCAAGGCUUGUAGUGAGCUUUCAAUGCUUGGAUUGGGUAGAGCGGUUCACGGGAAGAUAGUGGUGUCCCUGUAUGGUUCGCACACCUAUGUGCAGAAUUCCUUACUGGCAAUGUAUAUGAAUUGUGGGAAGAAGGAGACAGCACAGAGAGUUUUUGAUGGGAUGAGAGAGAGGAGUGUGGUGUCUUGGAAUACUAUGAUUAGCGGCUAUUUCAAAAAUGGAUGUGCCAAGACUGCUUUGAUGGUUUUUAACCAGAUGGUUGAUUUUGGGGUUGAGAUUGAUUGUGCUACUGUGGUUUCUGUGUUGCCAGCUUGUGGAUAUUUGAGGGAAUUGGAGUUGGGAAGAAGGGUUCAUGGAUUGCUGGAAGAUAAGGGUUUAGAUAAGAAAAUAGCAGUGAGGAACGCAUUGGUUGAUAUGUAUGCGAAAUGCAGUAGCAUGGCUGAAGCAAAGUUGGUUUUUGAUAGGAUGGAUGAAAAGGAUGUGAUCAGUUGGACUUCCAUGAUUAAUGGGUACAUUAUAGAUGGUGAUGUGAGAAGCGCCUUGAUGCUUUGUAGGAUCAUGCAGGUUGAAGGGAUAAGACCCAAUUCUGUGACUAUAGCCUCGGUUCUUUCAGCUUGUAAUGAUUUGAGGGAUGGUCGUUGUUUGCAUGGGUGGACAAUAAGGCAAAAUCUUGAUCCAGAAGUUAUUAUACUUACUUCAUUGAUUGACAUGUAUGCAAAAUGCUGCCGUGUGGACCUUAGCUUUGCAGUCUUCACAAGAACUUCAAUAAAUAGAACAGUUCCAUGGAAUGCUAUGCUCUCUGGGUGCAUUCAUAAUGGUCUUGAAACUGAAGCAAUAAGACUUUUCAAGCAAAUGCUAGUGAAGGGAGUUGAACCAGAUGGUGCAACAAUGAACAGUCUACUUCCAGCAUAUGGCUUUCUUGCUGAUUUACAGCCAUCGAAGAACAUCCAUGGUUACCUAACAAAAUCUGGUUUUCUUUCAGGAAUAGAAGUUGCUACAUGUCUGAUUGAUAUAUAUUCCAAGUGUGGAAGUCUAGAAUCUGCUCAUCAGUUAUUCAAUGCUAUUCCGAUAGAUGUCAAGGACAUUUUUGUCUGGAGUGUAAUAAUAUCUGGUUAUGGAAUGCAUGGUCAUGGUGAGACUGCUGUUUCACUUUUCAGACAAAUGGUUUGCUCUGGGGUGAAACCAAAUGAAGUUACCUUUACUUCUGUAUUGCAUGCUUGCAGUCAUGCCGGUUUGGUGGAUGAGGGCUUGUUUUUGUUUGAAUUCAUGAUCAAAGACCAUGAGAUACAACCUACUGAUGACCACUUCACUUGUAUUGUUGAUCUGCUUGGUCGUGCAGGUCGACUAGAUGAAGCAUGUAAUCUUAUUAGAAGAAUGCCUUUUGUACCUAGUCAUGCUGUUUGGGGGGCACUGCUUGGUGCUUGUGUAAUACAUGGUAAUGUUGAAGUGGGUGAAGUUGCAGCACAACAUGUUUUUGAGCUUGAGCCAGAAAACACGGGAAACUACAUACUGCUGGCAAAACUUUAUUCUGCAGUUGGAAGAUGGGAAGACGCAGAAAACGUGAGACAUAUGCUGAAUGACAUAGGAUUAAGAAAAGCACCAGCCCAUAGUCUGAUUGACGCUAUAAAUAUUUGAAAUGGGAACAUUUUGUUAAUCAAAUAGAAAAACCAUCAGCUUGCUAUGGUGUUCGUGCAUAGAUGAAUAUAUGCUCCAUCCAAAGCCAGGGCAAACUUCCAUAUUGAAGAACAUAUGAUCUUGUAAUCACGUGUCAUUAUAAAAGUUUUAUUGAACCAAAGGAGCUAUCUGAAGGUGGAUCGAACUUAAAAAUUCAUGUGAGAUCAAGGAAUGCGUUUCUAUUUAGCAUAUGAUUGUGGUGAAUCAGAUAUUUCAAUGGUGCAAUGCAAGUGCAGAAGCAUCCAUUGGUCAAACAUAUUAGCAACAUUUGCUGAAGCAAUUCAUGUUUAUCUUUUCCUUCAACUACUUUUAAUGUCUGGAACGGGUUCCUCACUUAUAUUAUUAUAAACAGGACCGGUUUGAGCGGAAGCAUGGGUGAUUUUAUAGAAUGUCUAGACAACUUGAGUCUGGGUAAGUAGAUUGCAUGAUAUGCUUGUUGAGCAGGAUUUGACCAUGUUAAAUUCAUGCGGAUUAGCUGUCUCAAUAUGUUGAGGUGAUUUAUACCAUAUAUAGAUCUCAUCAUGAUAAAGUUGAUGUGAGCACCCUGCAGGUUUCAACUUACCGAUUUUCCUUUAUUUUUAUUCCAGCGCCCCUGCCUUAAUUACUUUGGGAACUGAAAUGUAUGUCAAGUAUUCUUACAAUAUAUCUGCUUAUGAACCUCUUUUUUUCC